AUGGCUGGGCCAUAUAAACGGGUGCGUUUGGGCGAUUGUGAUUAUGAAGAAACUCUCUCUAAGUGGAAUAACGAAGACACUGAUAGUGGUACUGAUAUAGACGAUGUGUCGGACGACUAUAAUAUUGAGUCAGAGCAUGACACUAACUCGGAAUUAUCUGAAUAUGAGGAGGACAAUGACAGUGAUGAAGUGGACUCAACGGAAAGACCUGGUAGUAAUCUUGAAUUAAAAUUUGAAAAAGAUGUGCAUCCAAUUAAUAAAUUAGAUGAACCAGCUAAAGAACAUGAUGUUGCAUAUUCUAAAAGUAACGAUAUAAAGAAAAGACAUGAAGCUCAUAAAAUUUUAGAAGAUAAAGAAUGGUCAAGAGUUUUAGCAAAAGAUGCUAGUUUAUCAGAAAAAGUACUUUUUAAUAUUAUAAUGAAUGAAGAGCAAAUCAGACUACUUUUGGAGGAAGAAAAUUCGACUUCUGAUUAUAAGAAUGAAAAUGACAGCGACGUUGAAGACUUUGUUGCAAGAGAUGUAGAAAGUUAUGAUACCGAGCAAGAAGAUGAUGAAGAAUACGACGAGGAGUUGAAUGAGAUAGAUGAUAGAGAAUUUUAUCUUGAUGCCAAAAUGUUUUAUGCCUCGAAAAUGGAAGUUUACGUAGGAAAGCAACCUAGUGGCCCAUAUGAAGUUGAUAACUCGUCCAUGGAAUUAGUUGUACGACUAAGCGAAAGUAUUCACAAUUCUGGCCGGAAUAUCACAUGUGAUAACUUUUUCACUAGUAUCCCAUUGCUGGAUAAACUUGAAUCUAAGCACAAACUGACCAUUAUUGGGACAAUAAGGAAAAAUAAGAAAGAGUUACACAAACAAUUCACCGAGAUAAGAGGACGAGCGGAAAAAUCCAGCUUGUUCGGACACCGUGGCAACUGCAGUCUUGUUUCGUAUGUUUCCAAAAAGGGGGAAAAUGUGCUUCUUGUAUCGAGCAUGCAUGCUGGUGUUGAAAUCAAUGAGAUUACUAAUAAACCAGAAAUGAUAAUGGACUAUAAUAUGACGAAAGGCGAGGUUGACACCGUAGAUAAAAUGUGUGACGUCGAGCUCUAA